GUGAAAACAAACAAAGCUCUCUCUUCUCUCUAUGUUUUUCAUCUCAAAAUACGAAAUUAUAUCAAUUUUUUAGAACAAUAUAUCAAAUAUUAUGAAAAAAAGAAAUAGAGAGUCUCGAGCAAGAACGAGAUGUCGAUAAGACGUAUCUAUCGAUGCCUUAAUGUUCUCAUCAAAAGAUCAAGUCCUUCCUUCGUAUGAUCCAACACAAAACCACAACACGUUAAUCUCUCUCUCUCUCUCUCUCUCUCUCUCUCUCUCUCUCUCUCUCACUUCAGUUAUUACAAUCACGAAUCAAGAUUCAAGAAUGGUACGGACACCGUGUUGCAGAGCGGAAGGGCUGAAGAAAGGAGCAUGGACUCAAGAAGAAGACCAUAAGCUCAUCGCCUACGUCCAACUUCACGGUGAAGGAGGCUGGCGAACCCUUCCUGAUAAAGCUGGUCUCAGAAGAUGUGGCAAAAGCUGCAGACUGAGAUGGGCCAAUUACCUUAGACCUGACAUUAAGCGUGGUGAGUUUAGCGAAGAGGAGCAAGAUUCCAUCAUUAGACUCCAUGCCAUUCAUGGCAACAAAUGGUCGGCGAUAGCUCGUAGAUUACCAGGAAGAACAGAUAACGAGAUCAAGAACCACUGGAACACUCACAUCAAGAAACGUCUGGUCAAGAAAGGUAUCGAUCCGUUGACCCACAAAUCACUUAAUGGUAAAUCAUCUGACCAUACCGAGACACCACCGGAUAAAAGCAGCGUUCAUCAGGAUGAUGAUGAUCAGAAGUCAAACAAGAAUAAUGCGUUAGGAUCAUUAUCAGCUCGGUUCUUGAACAGAGUAGCAAACAGAUUUGGUAAGAGAAUCAACCACAGUGUUCUGUCUGAUAUUAUUAAUGGAAGUGGUGCCCCAUUUACUAGUCACACUACUCCUACUACAAGUGCUUCUGAAUGUGAAAAGUCAUCGAGUUCUUUCUCCACACCAAACUCUUCAAAUCUCCUCAUUAAUGAAAACAUGGUCCUCGAUGCAACAUCUUUGUCCUCGUCCACGUUCUCUAGCGACACCUCUGACCCCUCAGUAUACGACCAUAUCUUCGAUGACUUAGAAGAUAUGACCACAUUUUCAUCAAGAUUUUUGAAUGAUGUUGUAUCUCAUGAUGAUGUAGAUUUCUUGAUGUUGGAUGAAUCUUGUUUGGAGAAUACUUCGUUCAUGAGGGAACUUACAAGGAUUCUUCAAGAGGACUACGUUUAGUGAUAGUCGUGUGACACCGAUCAGUGAAGUUGAUGUCUCCUUUGAAGGGAUUGACAACUAUUUUGGAUAAAUUAAACAUAAAUGUCAAGAGUUUAAUACAUUUAUAAUGAUGAUGAUGAAAAUUGAGUUUGGCAUGUAAAAUCAAUCAUAAUUGAUUUUGCUGUGUGUUUUUUAAGUUUGUGUGGGUUUCUGGCUUAUAGUGAUGUUGUUCGAUUGGUAGGAACUAGGAAGCUACGAAUUGAUAAAACUAAUGUCAAAUGCAUGGUAUGUCUGAAA